GGGGGUCGGGCGGCGAUGGAGCCGGGGCCCGCGGGGAGGCCGGCCCGGGUCGGGGAGGCGCCGCCAGCCGCCGCCGGCGUGGACCUGCCCGGCUCGGCGGUGCCCUCGGCGCCGGAGGAUGCUGCGGUGGCGAGCCGGGGCGGCGGCGGGGACGGGCUGGGGAGACCCCUGGGGCCCACCCCGAGCCAGAGCCGCUUCCAGGUGGACUUGGUUUCCGAGAACGCCGGGCGCGCCGCGGCGGCCGCCGGCGCUGGGGCGGGGGGCAAGGAGACCCCCGCGGACGGCAGGGCCAGCGGCGAGAGCGGGCAGGCCAAGGGCAGCGAGGAAGCCAAGGGCCGCUUCCGCGUGAACUUCGUGGACCCUGCCGCCUCCUCGUCGGCGGACGACAGCCUGUCGGAGGCGGCGGGCGUCGGAGGCGACGGGCCCAACGUGAGCUUCCAGAACGGCGGGGACACGGUGCUGAGCGAGGGCAGCAGCCUGCACUCGGGCGGCGGCGGCAGCGGCAGCGGCAGCGGGCACCACCAGCACUACUACUAUGACACCCACACCAACACCUACUACCUGCGCACCUUCGGCCACAACACCAUGGACGCCGUGCCCAGGAUCGACCACUACCGGCACACGGCCGCGCAGCUGGGCGAGAAGCUGCUGCGGCCCAGCCUGGCCGAGCUCCACGACGAGCUGGAAAAGGAACCUUUUGAAGAUGGCUUUGCAAAUGGGGAAGAAAGUACUCCCACCAGGGAUGCUGUGGUCACAUAUGCUGCAGAAAGUAAAGGAGUUGUGAAGUUUGGCUGGAUCAAGGGUGUAUUGGUACGUUGUAUGUUAAACAUUUGGGGUGUUAUGCUCUUCAUUAGAUUGUCAUGGAUCGUGGGUCAAGCAGGAAUAGGUCUGUCAGUUGUUGUAAUAAUUAUGGCCACUGUUGUGACAACUAUCACGGGAUUGUCUACUUCAGCAAUAGCUACUAAUGGAUUUGUAAGAGGAGGAGGCGCAUAUUAUUUAAUAUCCAGAAGUCUAGGACCAGAGUUUGGUGGUGCGAUUGGCCUGAUCUUUGCUUUUGCCAACGCUGUUGCAGUUGCUAUGUAUGUGGUGGGAUUUGCAGAAACUGUGGUGGAGUUGCUGAAGGAACAUUCCAUACUUAUGAUAGAUGAAAUCAAUGAUAUCCGAAUUAUUGGAGCCAUUACAGUGGUGAUUCUUCUAGGUAUCUCAGUAGCUGGAAUGGAGUGGGAAUCAAAAGCUCAGAUUGUUCUUUUGGUGAUUCUACUUCUUGCUAUUGCUGAUUUCGUCAUAGGAACAUUCAUCUCACUGGAAAGCAAGAAACCCAAAGGUUUCUUUGGCUAUCAACCUGAAAUAUUUAAUGAGAACUUUGGACCUGAUUUUCGAGAUGAAGAGACUUUCUUUUCUGUGUUUGCCAUAUUUUUUCCUGCUGCCACCGGUAUUCUGGCAGGAGCCAACAUCUCAGGUGACCUUGCGGAUCCCCAGUCAGCCAUUCCCAAAGGAACACUCUUAGCCAUUUUAAUUACUACGGUGGUUUACAUAGGAAUUGCAGUAUCUGUAGGUUCAUGUGUUGUUCGGGAUGCCACUGGGAACGUUAAUGACACCAUUGUAACAGAGCUAACAAACUGUACCUCUGCAGCCUGCAAAUUAAACUUUGACUUUUCAUCUUGUGAAGUCAGUCCUUGCUCCUAUGGCCUAAUGAACAACUUCCAGGUAAUGAGCAUGGUGUCGGGAUUUGCACCACUAAUUUCUGCAGGCAUCUUUUCAGCCACUCUUUCUUCAGCAUUAGCCUCUCUUGUGAGUGCUCCCAAGAUAUUUCAGGCUCUAUGUAAGGACAACAUCUACCCAGCUUUCCAGAUGUUUGCAAAAGGUUAUGGGAAAAAUAAUGAACCUCUUCGUGGCUACAUCUUAACAUUCUUAAUUGCACUUGGAUUCAUCUUAAUCGCUGAGCUGAAUGUUAUUGCUCCAAUCAUCUCUAAUUUCUUCCUUGCAUCAUAUGCAUUGAUCAAUUUUUCAGUAUUCCAUGCAUCCCUUGCAAAAUCUCCAGGAUGGCGCCCAGCCUUCAAAUACUACAACAUGUGGAUAUCCCUUCUCGGAGCAGUGCUCUGUUGCAUAGUGAUGUUUGUCAUUAACUGGUGGGCUGCACUGCUGACCUAUGUGAUCGUUCUUGGACUGUAUAUUUAUGUUACCUACAAAAAACCAGAUGUGAACUGGGGCUCCUCCACACAAGCCCUGACCUACCUGAACGCGCUGCAGCACUCCAUACGCCUCUCUGGAGUGGAGGACCACGUGAAGAACUUCAGGCCGCAGUGUCUUGUGAUGACAGGUUCUCCAAAUUCACGCCCAGCUCUGCUUCAUCUUGUUCAUGAUUUCACACCAAACGUUGGUUUGAUGAUCUGUGGCCAUGUACAUAUGGGCCCUCGAAGACAAGCCAUGAAAGAAAUGUCCAUUGAUCAAGCUAAGUAUCAGCGAUGGCUUAUAAAAAACAAAAUGAAGGCUUUUUAUGCUCCAGUUCAUGCAGAUGACUUGAGAGAAGGGGCACAGUAUUUGAUGCAGGCUGCUGGUCUUGGUCGUAUGAAACCAAACACACUUGUGCUGGGAUUUAAGAAGGAUUGGUUGCAAGCAGAUAUGAGGGAUGUGGAUAUGUAUAUAAACUUAUUUCACGAUGCCUUUGACAUACAGUAUGGAGUAGUGGUUAUCCGCCUAAAGGAAGGUCUUGAUAUAUCUCAUCUUCAAGGUCAAGAAGAAUUACUGUCAUCACAAGAGAAAUCUCCUGGUGGCAAGGAUGUGGUCCUAAGUAUGGAGUAUAGUAAAAAGUCAGAAUUGGAUCCUUCCAAGCCAUCUGGGGAAAAGAGUAUCAAAGAUGAGGAAGAGGAUGGCAAGACUCCAACUCAACCACUGUUGAAAAAAGACUCCAGAGGCCCCACUGUGCCCCUCAGUGUUGCUGACCAGAAGCUGCUUGAAGCUAGUACGCAGUUUCAGAAAAAACAAGGCAAGAACACUAUUGAUGUCUGGUGGCUUUUUGACGAUGGAGGUUUGACCUUACUGAUACCUUACCUUCUGACUACCAAGAAAAAGUGGAAAGACUGUAAGAUCAGAGUAUUCAUUGGUGGGAAGAUAAACAGAAUAGACCAUGACCGGAGAGCGAUGGCUACUUUGCUCAGCAAGUUCCGGAUUGACUUCUCCGAUAUCAUGGUCCUAGGAGACAUCAAUACCAAACCAAAGAAAGAAAAUAUUGUAGCUUUUGAUGAGAUGAUUGAGCCAUACAGACUUCAUGAAGAUGAUAAAGAACAAGAUAUUGCAGAUAAGAUGAAAGAAGAUGAACCCUGGCGAAUAACAGAUAAUGAACUUGAACUUUAUAAGACUAAGACAUACCGGCAGAUCCGGUUGAAUGAGCUAUUAAAGGAACACUCGAGCACAGCUAACAUCAUUGUCAUGAGUCUCCCAGUUGCACGCAAAGGUGCCGUGUCCAGCGCUCUCUACAUGGCCUGGUUGGAAGCCCUGUCUAAGGACCUGCCGCCCACCCUCCUCGUCCGUGGCAAUCAUCAGAGUGUCCUCACCUUCUACUCCUAAGUGUUCCGUACAGCGGACGGCCUGCACCGUGGUCCUGGCGCGCCCAGUGAAGUGACACGUUACCAUCACAGUGACCAGCUGUGACUUUUCUUUCCCUGUUUCAUUACUUUGAAAGCACACAGGAAAGUGGCUCCAUCGACGAGUGGAUGGAGACUUCGGUUCUGGUCACUUCCAUAUGUCAAUCUGAAUGAAUGGUGAUUCCUUCUUCUUGGGCUCAAGUUCACAACAGUCAAGUUUUCCUUUGCUACUUGAAUAGCAAUAAAGUGUGUUAUUUUUGGAUUGAUGAAAGGAAUACAAAAAGCCUUUAGCCUUGAGGUGCCUUCUGAAAUUAACCAAAUUUCAUCCACAUAUGCUCUUUUAUAAAUUUAUAGAAUGUCAGACUUUGCCUUCCACUAUUUUAUUUCCAGUCUCUGCCAUCGUCAUGGGACACUGCUUCCAAUCUUCAUUGCCCAGUUAGUGUUGAGUACUGUAUGUUUUCUACUACUUGUGUAAAAGUAUCUCUUAGACAGUCAAGGUGAGAAUUAGGGCAGGUCAUGAAAAAUGGGGGAACAGUAACCAAAAAGUUGACCCCAGGGUUAAACCGGUUUGCCUAAGUAAAUUCAGAGUUAGCAGAAAAGGCCCCAAUCCUUUAAAUCCCUGAUUGGCUGUUCUGUCUUUGACUUCUUGAACCCUUAGAGAAGGUGGAAGAGGAAUCUAGUCCUGCAUACGACGCUGAGAAACCCUAGGUCAGAGCUGGGACACAGACCUUCCAGCGCAUGUGUAAUUGGAUUGAGGAGACAUCUGUCCUGGGAAUUCCACUCAAAUCUGAGGGACUUUUCUGAAGAAAUGCUAACAUUUUUCUGGAGGAAACUGAGACAAAGCAAUGACAUUUAAUGAACACUACAAAUUUCACUAUACUGUACCAUCCUUUUUACACCAUUAAAAUGAUGUUUCACCAAAUGGUUAAAAGGACCACUGGUUUCUUAGUGAAAUGUCUUUAGGCUUCAUUCAUUCAUUCGUCAAGUACGCUUAGUCUUAAUAUACUCAGGUUUGAACAGAUUAUUCUGAACAUUAAAAUCUAAUCCAUUCUGAAUACUUCAAAAACUCUUGUGUUAAGAAAAACUGCCAGUUUGUGCUUUUGAUAUGUCUGUUUUGACAUCAUUGUCUACUAGUACAUUUUUGACAGUGCAUCUGUACUGCUACUAGAAGCUUUAUAUACAGUUAUUAAUGUGAACUUUUGUUUUUACCCAAGGAAGGAUUUCCUAAAAAACAUUUCAAGGGAUUCAUGUCUAUACAUCAGACUGUGUCUGUGUCGCUGUGUGUGCACACACACAGGCGUAUGUGUAUAUACAAUGAAAUGUCUCUUGCCGGUGAGCAAGAUUCAUUUCACUGUGUCACUGUUUUGGGAACAAACUAAAACAGACUGACAGAGAGGCCGUGGGGGCCAAGGAGAUCAUGUGCGGGGCAUUCUCACGUCACACCGGGUACCCAGUCAGAAAAGAGAAACAAUUGAGAGGAUGCUCGACUUGGGUCCUGAGUAACAGUGUUUCAGUCUUGGAGAAUUGUGCGGGUUUUCAUGAAUCUUAACAGCAAUUUUAUUUUCCAGGCUGCGGUAUUUUUGCCGCAUAUAUGGGAGGUCUGAUAACCUGAAUUCAGGAUAUUAAGAAAACCAAGUAAUCCUAAAGAUCUUUGCUACAUUAGGCUCACGGCGUUGUCCUUUGAUUGCAUAUUUGCAGUGUUCCGGGUGGGACAGCAGACAUGCCACACGUCACAUCAUUCAGUGAGCAAUGCCGUGUGUGAGUUCCACAGUGGAUGGUGGGGCACGGACCGAGUGCUGCUAUUUGAAAUGCGCGUAGGUACACUUCUUUCUUUUUCUGUUUGUCAGAUUUUUCCCAUUCAGGAAAGCAUUGUCCCCUGUACUGCAGGAACCAAAUGUCAAUGCAUCAUACAUGUCUGUAUAAAGUACAUAAAAUCUAUUAAAUAUGCUAAGGUGGGGAGGGUGAUAGUGUCUGUGAAAUAAUGUACGGAGCUUUCACGUACAAAAGGCAGCCCUUCUUCCACUGAACGCUCGUCGCCACAUCAGAAUUUCAACGUUGCUGUAGUGCUGAGACGCUUCAGUAAUCCUUUCAGAAGCUAGAAGUUUGAAGCUAUUCUAUUUCAUUUUAUUUAUGCUGAAUUUUGAUUAUUUUAAUGCCUUUUUUAGUCAUAAUCAUUGGUGAGAACUUGGAAAUAAUUAGGCAGUGGCAUUGGCGGUUCGUUAUCCCUACAAGUCUAAGAAUUCCGUGGCUUUAGAGAGAAUGGUGGCAUUAAGCUGAUUAACAGUUAAUUAAAUCAGAUAUUUAUUUGUUACAUUAUUUCGUUUGUAUUUUAGGUUUCCUUUUACAUUCUUUUUAUAUGCUUUCUGACUUUUUUAAAACUAUGGAAAUAACUUAAAGAUGUGAGCUCUGGUGGAUGAUUACCUAUUAAGUUUGAAAUGGAAUAUUUUGAUAAUACUGUACCAUAACUGUCACAAAUGCUUUUCUAAUGUUUUAACCUGGAGUAUUGCAGUUGCUGCUUUGUACAGAGCUUACUGCAAUAAAGGAAGUGGAUUCAUUAAAAUCAGUUUA